AUGAAGAUCACAACGGCCACCUUCUUGGCCUCUUCCAUCUCAGGAAUCACGUUGAUCGUGUCGCUCUACUGCAUCGCCACCAUCUACACCGACAUCCAGCAGACAUGGGACCUGUUGGACCAGGAGAUGGGCGUGUUCCGUGUCGCCACCGACGACAUGUGGAGAGAUAUGAUGCGCUUGGGCUCGACCCGUCAACGUCGUAACGCCUACGACAACACCCCAGAAUCCGGCAACGGCUACGACUCACCAUCAGGACCAUCCGGCUCCGGACCACAGGGACCAUCCGGCCCAAGCGGCUCAGGCUACGACACCCCAUCCGGACCAUCCGGUUCGGGACCAUCAGGCCCAUCUGGUGCCGGACCCAAGGGACCAGGCGGUGCCGCUCCAGGCACUCCAGGAGGCGCUGCUCCACCAUCCGUCCCACCAGGCCUCCAAUCCGAGGGAGGACCAGGCGGUCCAGGUGGAUGCCAAUGCAAGACUGCCGAAGCCAACAAGUGCCCAGCCGGACCACCAGGACAGAAGGGUCUUCCAGGUAAGGCUGGUAUCCCAGGCCAGCCCGGUUUGGACGGUAUCCCAGGCAAGGACGCCGAGGACGUCAGCCCCGAACGCCAAGACAGCGGCGCCUGCUUCCACUGCCCAGCCGGUCAACAAGGCCCACCCGGUGCCAUCGGCCGCCCCGGACCACGCGGACACAACGGAGCCAAGGGACAAGCCGGUCUUCCAGGCCGCGACGGAAACCCAGGAACUCCAGGAGAACAAGGACCACCAGGACCAGCCGGACAAGUUGGACCAGCCGGUUUGCCCGGAGACAAGGGCCGCGACGCCGAACACCCAAUCGGUCGUCCCGGACCACGCGGUGCUCGUGGACCAGCCGGACCACAAGGACCAGAAGGAGACGAAGGAAAGACUGCCGGACCAGGCCCAGCUGGACCACAAGGACCACCCGGCCCACCAGGACCACAAGGAGCCCCAGGACCACUCGGUUCCGAGGGAGAGGAGGGACCAUCCGGCCGUCCAGGCAAGGACGCCGAAUACUGUCCAUGCCCAACCCGCUCCGGCGAAGGUGGCUUCGGCCCAGGCGCUGGCAGCAACGGAGCCGGCAACAACGGCAACUACAGACAAUAA